CAGCGUGGCAUGCGGGUCCAAUCACUAGUCAUUGAUGUGUGGCUUCUUGUUUGCGCUGCAGAGGGAGAUGAAGGAGCAGCUGGUCACCCUGCAGGACAGCGAGAGGGGACACACCGAGGCACUGCAGCUCCUGCAGCGACAGCUGACUGAAACCAAGUCCUCGGCGAAGAGCCUGCGAGCGACCAUCGGGGACGCGUUUGAGCGCCUGCACCGCUUCUUGCGGGAGCGCCAAAAGAGCAUGCUGGAGGAGCUGGAGAUGGACACGGCCCGCAAGCUGACCGACAUCGAGCACAAGAUCCAGCGCUACAGCCAGCAGCUGCGCGACGUGAAGGAGGGCAUCCAGAUCCUGCAGGAGCGCCUCAACGAGAGCGGACGCCACGACUUCCUGGAGGGGGUCGCCGUCACGUCGGAGAGGAUGAAAGGGAAGAUACAUGAAACCAAUCUGACAUAUGAGGACUUCCCCACUUCCAAGUACAUGGGCCCCUUACAGUACACGAUAUGGAAAUCUCUCUUCCAGGAUAUCUCACCAGUGCCAGCGGCGUUGACCCUUGACCCCAUCACAGCCCACCAAAGACUGAUCCUCUCAGACGACUGCACCAUCGUGGCCUACGGGAACCUGCACCCGCAGCCUCUGCAGGACUCCCCCCGGCGCUUCGACGUGGAGGUGUCCGUUCUGGGCGCCGAGGGCUUCACCACCGGCGUCCACUACUGGGAGGUCAUGGUGUCGGAGAAGACGCAGUGGAUGAUCGGCGUCGCCAACGAGACAGUCAGUCGCAAGGGCAGCAUCCAGAUCCAGCCGAGCCGCGGCUUCUACUGCAUCGUCAUGCACGACGGCAACCAGUACAGCGCCUGCACCGAGCCCUGGACCCGCCUCAACGUCAAGAGCAAGCUGGAGAAGGUGGGGGUGUUCCUGGACUACCCUAAAGGCCUCCUGAUCUUCUACAACGCGGACGACAUGUCCUGGCUCUACACCUACCGAGAGAAAUUCCCCGCCAAGCUCUUCCCCUACUUCAGUCCCGGCCAGAGUCACGCCAACGGCAAGAACGUGCAGCCUCUGCGCAUCAACACGGUCCGUCUGUGAGGGCGGCGCCCCCCCCUGGUCACCCACGUCCGGACGGAGCCCAUCCGGGGGUCUAUCCCCAGGACGCGGGUUUAAAAAGAGUUAAUAGGAUGGUUGAAAUUUCCUUACAUUUGCUGUUAAGAAUCGUGCUUGAUGUUGCUCUCCAAAUUAGUUUUUCUUUGAACAGUGGUCUGCUCUUGAGCCUCCCUCUUGCCUCGUUGACCCCAAACCCAGACGGACUCUGGGGCUCUCCCUGGGAGGCCGGUGGCCAAACGUGUGCACCCUCUCCUACUCCACAGGUUCCAGUGGUGGUUCAGUGCUGUUGCUACGGCUACUCGGAAGAACCAGCUGAGAUCUGCUGGGGGUUCUCCACUUAUUUGAUCACUUUAAACAUUUUCCUUUCUCUUGAGCAAUGCAAGCGUACAGUUUAUCUUAUGUUUUACUAAAACAUGAUGUCCUAAUGUCAGAAGUCUUGUUGGUUACUGGUUUUAAAGAAAAGCUGCUGUUUGUGAGCACUCUGCCACACUAACGGGCUCUGUAUACAGGAUUUAAUUCAAACUAUAUUGAGCAGGAUCUAAAAACACCAAGCUGCUUAUACUAAAACUUUUAGAAAUGAAGUUGCGAACCCCUUUUUUAAAAAUUUCCCCGGAUAAUGGUGACUGGUGCAUUGAGCAACAUUCACAAAGUUCAGGGGCGUGAGGGGCGGCUUGUUGAUCCUCAGGGUUUGUGCUUUCCCGAACUGAAUUGAUCUAACAAAAUGCUACACACGGCUUUCACAACACAAAACCAGAUAAAACCACUAGUUUUUCCGAGAUGCAUCCUGAUCUUUGGCUGCCGGAACACACAGGACUUGGGUUUUUGGUCGAGCACUGGCUCUGAACCAAUACUGGAACCAAUUUAGGGGCCAAACACUAACGAGAAGGAGAGGAAUUCUCCUUUCUCCAGUCUCACUUUGCAUACCGUCUGUGGGCCUCACGUGAAGCUCUGGGCUCGUCUUACUGGACGCCCCGUCUCACUGUCCGCUCAUGUAGACGGAGAAGAAUGAAUGGUCUUUGUUGUCUUCGCUGUACAGCUGGCUUAGUUUUCGUUGUGGAAUCUGAUCGAUGGAACUCACUUUGGCUUUUGAUGGGUCAGCACUCCAAUAAUGUCAGAUUUGCUGGCUUUUUUGUUGUUUUGUUUUAGUUUUUUUUAUUAUUACUAUCAUUUUCUAUUUAAAGUUUGCAUCUUGGCUUUAAUGUGGCCAGACUUUAGAAAAAAAAAAAGAAAAGAAGCAUAAGAGUUUAAUUGUUCCUGAGACAAUGAUCUUGAAUACACGUUCAGGUGUUUGUGUGCAGUCUGUAUCAUAGUGAGGAAAGCUCGCAUUGUUUUGGUGUCUGUGUACUGUGAUACAUUUCAUCUGGAACUCGUAGUAGUGCAUAAGGUAUGCUGUCCAUCGUCCCCACCCGGGGCUCAGCGCUCGGCCCGUUCGGAGGGGGACGUUGUGCAGAAACAUGCUGCUAUUGGUGGAGUAAGGGUUUCAUGCUGGUUCAUGUUUCAUUUUCCGCUCUUCCCCAGAAACCCACAAUUACGGGUAAGAGAAAAAUGACUUACACUCCACAUGUGUGUUUCAUUCACUUUGAUGUUGCAGUGAAGCAUUUUUCAGCUUCCAGGCACGAUUUUGUUUUCCUUUUCAAUCUUUUUUAGCAUAUUAUCAGAUGAGCAUUAAAUCUUACUGCCCAAGAAGCGAAGAGAUAUUCUUCCUGAUAAAUGCAAACUUCCCUGAUGUGGAAUAGGUAAAGAUUAUCCUGCCAACCCCAAAUGUUACUUUAGUCGCCCGCUUAAAAGAAUGGCGCUGAAUGUUUAGGGGAAAGCAUGUAAUCCGUUAAAACAGUGAUGGAUGGGCCAAGUGGAGCAUUACGGCUCAGCAGCCUGCAUCGCCAACUCUGCUGCUGUGAUGCAUAAUGAUAGAAUUUCUGAUAAUUGCCGUGAGGCUCAGUCAUGUUUCUUUCCCCACAUGCCUCAAGUGCUCUUGUUUAUCAUCGGUCCCACACAAGUUCUGGAAAAUCGGCUGUAAGAGCCUCUUGUCCCCCAGCCAGCUCCAACGUGUACUGACAGAUGUAGGAGUGUGUGUGGAUGUGUGUGUGUGUGUGUGUGUGUGCACGGGCGAGCUUGUGGCUGGGCAGCUCUGUCGGUGGGGGCUUGGCUCGGCUGAAAUAUUAAUUCCAGCUUUGGCCGUGGCUGCCGAAGCCCAUCUUGUCCCCUGAGUGGACCCAUCCAUUGGCCAAAAGUGUUAAUUGCACAAUCCUUUGAGAUCAGGUAGAGCUCAACAGAUUUAUCCCCUUAUCCCUCUCUGGGAAAUCCACAAAAUGAAUAAACACAUAUAGGAACCCUUCUCUGCCACUGUACAUCUUUGCAUUUGUAUUUGUGUUGUCUGUGUUGUCGGCUUAUGAAAGAAGACCGGGGCAGGGCCCUCGCUUUCGCAGGAAGGGAUUUUGGAAUGUGCUGUAGGAUGCAAUCUAGAGUCAAAUUUUGAGCACCUUGGGGUUGUUUUCGGUGUGUGUGUUUCAACUUGCACGGAUCCGCAGGGAGCUGCGAGUUACUCAGAAGAUAUUUGAAUAAUGCAGCUGAGUAACACCUGGCUCAGCGUAUGCGUUAAACAAAUGCCCCCAGACGAGCCUGCCUCCAGGUUUGCUCAGAAAGCUGUUGGUUUCCUGAAUGAAUGUCAAUGAGUUGGCAGUGACAGACACUGUAGGGUCGGGGGGGCAUUUGGUAGUUCUCCGUCUGAAAUGUCCUCUCAGAAGGAGUCGCUGUCAGCGUGAGCGUCACGCAAAAUUUGACCCCAGUUUGCCGUGUGGCAGACCUCAGAGGGGUCUGUCCAUGAAGACGGUGUGAAUAUUAUCAGGAGGAUUCAUGUAAAGUAGUGCUGGGUGACGGUGGUUGUGGUAAAGCUAAUGCUAAAAUGGUUAGAAUGAUCAGAACUGACACUUUUAAUGACUGUAAAGAUGAUUGUGUCUUGAUGAUGGCCAUGUGCACCCAUCAUUGUGUGAACACUCUAGUGUACUUUUGCUGCUGGAGGUUUGUGAGAAAUGUUUUAAUGUACAAUAAAUGACUCCAAC